AUGGGAUCCAUCCCAUUUUGCACCCUUCUUUGCUGCUUUAUUAUCAUAGCAGCAGCCAAUAUAUUUGAGUAUCAGACAGAUUCCCAACCAUUACGUCCAUGCGAACUUCAGAGGGAAAAGGCUUUUUCAGGAGGAGAAACCUAUGUUCCUCAGUGCUCAGAAGAUGGCCAGUUCAGGACAGUUCAGUGCAGUAGGAAUGGCCUUUCUUGUUGGUGUGUGGAUGAGAACGGCACUGAGGUACCUGGCAGCAAACAGAAUGGGUAUCCCAUAUCUUGCUUAUCUUUUUGCCAGCUCCAAAAGCAGAGGAUCCUGGUGAGUCGAUACAUCAACAACAGUGACAUCUCCUACAUCCCUCAGUGCCUGGAUUCAGGUGCUUUUGAUGAGGUACAGUGUGACGUGAAGCUGGGUCAGUGCUGGUGUGUAGAUCCAGAAGGAAUGGAGAUUUAUGGCACCAGGCAGAGAGGAAAGCCAACACAGUGUCCGGGGAACUGUGAGAUCCGAGACCGUCGCAUUCUGCAUGGGUUUGGGGAAAAGAGCCCACCACAGUGCUCAGCAGAUGGAGAGUUUCUGCCUGUGCAGUGCAAGUUUGUCAACACUACAGACAUGAUGUUUUUUGAUCUUGUUCACAGUUAUAACAGGCUGCCAAGGGCUUUCCAAACGUUCAGCUCCUUGCGGGAGAUGUUCCCAGAGAUCUCUGGGUACUGUUACUGCGUGGACAGCCUGGGGAGAGAGUUGGCAGACACUGGCUUGGAACUGCUGCUCGAUGAAGUUUACGACACAGUUUUCUCUGCGCUGGAGCCUGCCCGCAUGUUCACAGAGACCAGCAUAUAUCGGAUCCUGCAGAGACGGUUUCUGGGGGUUCAGCUCGCUACCUCUGGCAAGUUCAGAUGCCCCUCGAAGUGUGAGGUUGAGCGGCACACAGCCCUGCGGUACCAGCACACCUACGUGCCAUCCUGUGAUACUGAUGGGAGCUACACACCCGUGCAGUGUCAGCAGGGAGGACAGUGCUGGUGUGUGGACACCAAAGGACAAGAGGUCCAGGGCACAAAGAGACGAGGACAACCCCCGGCCUGUGGUGAAGAACAAGUGUGCAUCUCUGAGAGACGACGGGCCUUGUCGAGGAUCUUUUAUGGCCCUGCUGGGUACUUCAGUCAGCCCAAUUUGUUUUCCACGCCAGAUAUGCAGUUGGAAAAAAUAGCUGGCUCCUCAAGACCCUGCCCUUCCUCCUUCAAGGAGCUGUUUCUGGACUCUGGCUUGUCAUCCCCAAUUGCACAAAGCCCAUAUACCAGCCAAAUUCCUGGGCUAGAAACCACGCUUCGUGAAGCUAUCACAGGGAUGUUCCCAUCAAGGGAACUGGCUCAAGUAGCACUGCAAUUUACUACCAAUCCAAAGCGUUUCCAAGAAAACCUCUUUGGAGGAAGGUUCUUGAAAAAUUUGAUCCAGUUUAACUUCACAGGGGCACUUGGCACUAGUGGGAAAUACAGCAUUGGCCAGUUUUUCCCACAGGAGGAUGUGGCAGACAGGGAUAAUGGCCAAGGCCCUCUGGAAUCAGCUGAGGCAUUUUCAUUGGAGGUAUUGAAGGGGAGCUCCAUUUUGAGUAAACCUCUUAUAGACAGCUUCAGCCGCAGAGUGACUCUACAGGACAAUCAGAAUAUGAUGAAAUUCCUUUCCUCUGUUUUGGAACUACCAGAGUUUUUUACUUUUCUUCAACAAGUGAUUUCUGUCCCCAAAAGCUUUGCUGAAGACUUAGGUGAAGUGGUGAAACUAGCAUUGGGAUCCGAAGACUGCAGUCAGGAGCCAAGGGACCUGUUUGUUCCAACAUGCACCAAAGAGGGGAGGUAUGAGGAAGUUCAGUGCUAUGCAGGAGAGUGCUGGUGUUUGAGCACUUCAGGUAAGGAGGUUCCAGGCUCAAGAGUUCAAGGCAAACGUCCAAGGUGUCCCAGUGAUUGUGAGAAGCAAAGGAGAAACCUGCAAAACUUGAAGCAAAGCCUGCCUGCAGGAUCAGAUCUUUUUAUUCCCUCUUGUACCAAGGAUGGAGACUUUCUGCCACUCCAGUGUUAUGGGACUAAUUGUUUCUGUGUUGAUUUGAAUGGCAAGACUAUUCCAGGAAUAAGAGGAAAAGAUGAAAAGAUGAUGCAGUGCCCGAGUGCUUGCCAACUAACAGCUGGUCAAGAGUUUCUAAAGGCUGUGAAACUCCUGUUGUCAGAUCCAAGUGCUCUGUCUCAGAUCUCCAGCGUUUACCUCCCACAGUGUGAUGCUGAUGGUGCCUGGAGGCAGGUGCAGUGCAGUGGACCUCCUGAGCAAGCCUUUGAGUGGUACGAAAGGUGGAUUGCAGAGAACAAUGAAGGCAAAACCCUGCCUGUUGCUAAUUUAUUGAACAUCAUAACGGGAUAUAAAGAGGCAUCUUCCAAAGGCUUUUCUGCUUUUAUCAAAGCUUUGUAUGAGGCUGGGCACCAGAAUGUCUUCCCAGCAUUCACUAAUUAUUCCUCCUUCACUGAUCUCCCACCUGAAGUGCUGGAAGGAAAUGUGACCUAUGCAUCUAAGAACAUUUUACUGGAUCCAUAUAUAUUUUGGCAGCUUCUGAAUGAGCAGUUCACCUAUUACCCGGGACCAUACACUGAUUUCAGCACUCCAUUAAGCCAUUUUGAACUUCGUGAUUGUUGGUGUGUUGAUAGCAAAGGAGAAGAGCUGCAAGGAACAAAGGCAGAAGUGAACCAGGUCCCGGCAU